UUUCUCUUCUCUCCGUGGCUAAUAUCCAACCGUUGAUUCCUUUCCUUCUUAUUCUAUUUUCUUCUCACAAAAUCAAAAUCUUCAUCUCACUAUAUAGUUGAAUUCUCAUUUCUCACUGUCACAAUCUCUCUCUCUUGAUCAAUCAUCACAUUUUUCAGGGUUGAUUUGAUUGCUAUACUGAUUUGAUAUGUCGACAUCUGAGGAUAAGACGGAAGUUGUGGAAAGGGGUUUUAAGGAUGAAAAAAAGCAUAAGGAAGAUGAUAAAGAAGAAGGAGAGAAAGGUGGAUUUAUUGAGAAAGUGAAGGAUUUUAUUCAUGACAUUGGUGAGAAGAUUGAGGAAGUUAUCGGAUUCGGGAAGCCGACUGCUGAUGUUAAAGGGAUACACAUUCCGAAAGUUAACAUUCAUAUGAUAGAUCUUGUUGUUGAUGUUCUUAUAAAGAAUCCGAAUCCGGUACCGAUUCCUUUGAUUGAUAUCAAUUAUUUGAUUGAGAGUGAUGGAAGGAAACUUGUUUCUGGUUUGAUACCGGAUGCAGGUACUAUUCAUGCUCAUGGCGAGGAAACUGUGAAGAUUCCUCUUACUUUGAUUUAUGAUGAUAUUAAGAAAACCUAUGCUGAUAUUAAACCGGGAAGCAUUAUUCCUUAUAGGGUUAAGGUUGAUCUUAUUUUCGAUGUUCCUGUCUUGGGAAGGUUUACACUACCUUUAGAGAAAAAAGGAGAAAUUCCGAUUCCAUAUAAGCCUGAUGUUGAUAUUGAGAAGAUUCAGUUCAAAAAAUUCUCGUUUGAAGAGACGGUUGCGAAUCUUCAUUUGAAACUGGAAAACAUGAAUGAUUUUGACUUAGGACUCAAUGCACUUGAGUACGAGGUUUGGCUUGGUGAUGUUAACAUUGGAGGUGCAGAACUUAGUAAAUCUGCUAAACUUGAGAAAAGUGGAGGAAUAAGUUACAUCGAUGUUCCGGUUACCUUUAGACCUAAGGACUUUGGUUCUGCACUAUGGGAUAUGAUAAGAGGAAAAGGAACUGGUUACACCAUGAAAGGUAACAUUGAUGUUGACACUCCCUUUGGAGCAAUGAAAUUGCCUAUCAGCAAAGAAGGCGGUACUACUCGUCUUAAGAAGAAUAGGGAAGAUGGAGGUGAUGACGACGAUGAUGAUGAGGAUUGAAGAUUUGUAGCAACUCAUUAUUAGCUGUUACUUUUAUUUACAACUUAUGUCCAUUAGUAAGUUAAUAAAGGAGACUUGAACCUAAAGGUAUUAUUUGUGAGUUUGAUGAAAAUUUAUGUUCUUGAGAGAUCAUGUUGACAUUUGAAUUAUGUGAUAGUAUAAGUGUACUAGCAAAUAUGUGCUUUCGGUCUGGCAUGUGCUUUUUUUACUUAAAGUAUGUUCUUGUUUAAGUACAUGAUUGAUGAUCAUGACAAGCUUGUGCUACCUUUUGGAUAGAUAAAUGAAAAUUUGUCAAGUUUUUCGGUUUUAAA